ACCACUCUUCAUCUGUUAUUCUUCUUCUACUCCAAUGUGAUGAAUCAAUCAUCACUCUCUUCCUCUUUGUCAUCGAUCACUCUUUCAUUAUCUUCCCAUCUACCUUCCCAUGUCCUCCCACCUGUCUUUCCCUUCUUCUUUAUGUCUCUUGUACUAGUUCCAAUGUUGUAUUCACAUCAUUGUUUGGUAUCCUAUGUCUUCAUUUAAUCUUCCUUUUACACCUUCCUUUUGUUUUCUUGUUUUUCAUCCAAUAACAUUCAACAAGCUGGUUUAGGAAACUGUGAUAUCAAAUCCUGUAAGGAAGAAAAGAGGUUCAUUGGUUUUCCUAAGCUACAAUACCUUUUGUGGUAGUUGAAUCUGCAAACCAUAGCAAAAUGGAAGACUCUUUCAAUGGAACAUUACAGGACACACAGAAGGUAGAAACAUCUUUAAUUGAAGAUAAACAGAUGGUUGUUAAUGAUGCUACUGCUGCUGAUGCUGAUGCUACAUCCAAGGAAACUUAUGGUGUUGAUAUAGCAAUGACAGGUAAGCAAACAGAACAAAGUGAGGAGAAUAAGACAGAAGAUGAUGCUUCUGAAUCAGUUGCUGAAACUUUUGAGCCUAUUGAGCCUUCACCGACUGACUCCAGUGAUGCAAUAAAAUAUGAUACUGUAGAAUUGGAAUUGAAGGAAGAUGAGGGGAAAGAUUUUCAAUCCCCUGAAGAUGCUGAUGGAGUGAAGGAAACUGAAUUGCUUCCUUCAGACGACAAUAAUGAGCUCUCUGCAGUUUCAGGAAAUGAAGAAGUCGUUGAAACAAUUAAGGACAUGAUGAUUGCUGAAGAGGAGAAGAAUGUUUUGUCUUCAAUUGUAACAGAUGAGGGAUCAAAUAAGAACUAUGGUAGUUCUUCUCUGCCUCCAACUGAAGCUUCAAAGGAAACUCUGGAGACAAGUGUUCCAGAACCAGAUGAGAGUGACAAGGCUCCUCCAAUCUUCACAGGAAAAGAACCAAAGGCAAUUGAGGAAACAUUGGUGCCAUCUACAUAUGAGAAAGUUGGUGAACAAUCACAUUUCCAAGAGCCAUCAUCCUAUGAAAGUGCUAGGGAGACUUUUCAACCAUCACCAAAUGUUCCUCUUGCUGAAAGCACUAGUCCUGUUGAGCAAGAUAAGACUGAAGAACCUAGAAGCACUGAGAAUCCGAUCAUUGUCUCUGUGGCUCAAAGGCAGCACACCUCUUGGAACAGUUGCUGUGGACUCUUUGAAAUUCUUAGGGGUGAUGACAGAUAAAUCUAAGGGCACAACAUAUCACAAGGUGUUGAGGCUUUGCAAAAUCAUUGGGUUUGAGCCUCAUAUUACGAGAGGCAUGUUCUGUUACAUGUUCUUAUGCUUGGUGCCAGAACGAUGACGUUGUUUUAUUUCAAAAAAUGAAAAAAAUAAAGUAUGACAAUUUUCAUUUAUGUUAUAUGUUGUAAACUUCCAUGAACUAUAAUUUAUUCUUCAAAUUUAUUUAACAGCACCAUAUUUAUAUCCAAAAUGCAUGUUCUUUAGUC